CUCUCCUACGACGGGCUCAACGAGCGCGUGCGGGUGCUGGACGAGCGCAAGGCGCUGAUCCCCUGCAAGAGAUUAUUUGAAUAUAUUUUGCUGUAUAAGGAUGGAGUGAUGUUUCAGAUUGAACAAGCCACGAAGCAGUGCUCCAAGAUCACCCUGACGGAGCCCUGGGACCCUCUAGACAUCCCUCAAAACGCCACGUUUGAGGACCAGUACUCCAUAGGGGGGCCCCAGGAGCAGAUCACUGUCCAAGAGUGGUCUGACAGAAAGUCAGCUAGAUCGUAUGAAACCUGGAUCGGCAUUUAUACCAUCAAGGAUUGUUAUCCUGUCCAGGAAACCUUCACCAAAAAUUACAGUGUGAUAUUGUCCACACGGUUUUUCGACAUACAGCUGGGCAUUAAAGACCCCUCGGUGUUCAUCCCGCCGAGCACCUGCCAGGCGGCCCAGCCGGAGAGGAUGAGCGAGGACUGCUCCUGGUAAGCCUGUGAGUGCCGAAGCCGGGCAUCGGAUGUCAUCCCCACCUCAAAAGGGAUUCGAGGCUUUUCAGAGGCAAGAACCUUCCCUGGAGAGAAAUGUCCAAAUUGUAGGAAGAUAAACACCGAUCUGGGGUUCUUUGUAUAUAUGAGUUUUGACUCCUCAAGCUAUGUUUACAAAAGGGCAGAGCAUUUGUUCAGCCUGUGUCUUCCGCGCGUGCAGGUGGAUCUGGGUGCAGGGGCAGAUGUGGGCGAGGGGUGGCAGGAGCGGCUUGCCUUGGCAGGGAGGAGGGUUUCGUUACUGACGUGACUGAGAAUUGCUGGGUUGCUGCCACGUGGUGAUAAUAACAUGCAGAACGGUUUUGGUCCGUUUUAUGAUAAAGUUUUACGUUCUCUACAGAUGAUGGCCCCAAUGUUGCCUGCACCAGGGGGGCGAAGGCUCCCUUGGCCACUGACAGAUUCCUUAAAAUCCCUUCCAGACUUAAGAGCUUUAUGGCAUGACCGGGUUGAUGGAAAUUUUGGGAGGAAAUGAAAGGCUCCAAUACAAAGUAAUUAUUCCUCAAAGAGACAUUUUAAACAAGAGGGUUUGGACAGCUUAAUGUCUCUACCUGGGUAAGCAUAAGCCGUGUAUGUGUCCUUUUCUCUAUGCAAGACUAUUGCUGUAUGUGCUGAAUCAUCACAUAUUUGUCAGGAGACCUAGAAAGACAGAUAGUAUUCUAAAAAUAGCAUUGCACUGGGAGUCAGGAGACUAUUGUCUUCAGUAUCCAGGACUAGAAUUCCUCUGUACUUGAACGCCUUUGAUGAACUAAAUGCACUAUGCUUUCCCUCACCCAAGCCUUCCUGGGGCAGUUUUGCAACCUCUUUGUCUAUGUGACUUCUGCUCAUCUUUCCCAGGUCAGCUCACACUUGAGCUGACCCCAGAGAGCUGCUCCCAGGCCCGGCUUGGGUGCACUCUGUAGCUUGAGCAUGCAGUUCUCACCACACUUAUUAGGCUGUGUGCUAAUUUCCUGCUUACUGGACACUGUUGCCCACGAGCCUGGCUAUGAGCAACUUGAGUAUGGGUACCAUGCUCUGUUUACUUCUAUAUGCCCAGCGCCAAGUAAGUGCCUGGCACAUGCUCAGUGCCCUAAACAUUUGUAGGGGGGAGAAUGCCAGUCUCUCCGGUCAUUAGUUGCCUCAUGUGUUCAAGGGUUGGGUUUGCUGACCUCUAGGGAGACUCUUAGUAAUAAAAUUUAUUAUUCUAGAUUCUUCUACUGUUAUGUUUAAUCUGGCUAUUAUCUAUUACUAGGAGAAAUGUAUGACAUCUCUAUCAUGCGGAAAACAAUCUGUAUGACUCACAGUUUAUUUCAAUAAACAUGUUUAAUUGCA